AUGGGUGCUGUCCCACUCACGCUGACAGCGUGGUGGAAGAGAGCUGGCUUCAACAGCCCCAGUUCACCAGAGCCUCUCUUGCAGCCCAAGCAGCUGUUCUGGAACAGCGACUGCACCCGGCGCUGUCGCUGCUUCCGGCGCAACCUGAUCCAGUGCGACCCGCGCCAGUGCAAGUCAGACGAGGAGUGCGCGCUGCGGCACGGGGUGCGCGGCUGCUUCAGCACCCGCACCUCCUACUGCCUGGCAGCGGGCGGCGGUGUCUUCCGCACCUUCGACGGCGCCUUCCUGCGCUUCCCCGCCAACUGUGCCUUCGUGCUCUCCACCAUCUGCCAGAAGCUGCCCGACAUCUCCUUCCAGCUCAUCAUCAACUUCGACAAGUGGUCCUCCCCCAACCUCACCGUCAUCUCACCCGUCUAUUUCUACAUCAACGAGGAGCAGAUCCUCAUCAGCGACCGCAACACUGUCAAGGUGAACGGCACACAGGUGAAUGUCCCGUUUAUAACUGGGCUGGCAACCAAAAUCUACAGCAGCGAGGGGUUCCUGGUGAUCGACACCAGCCCCGACAUCCAGAUUCACUACAACGGCUUCAACGUCAUCAAAAUCAGCAUUAGCGAGAGGCUGCAGAACAAAGUGUGUGGCCUCUGUGGCAACUUCAAUGGGGACCUAACUGACGACUACGUGACGCUGCGGGGGAAGCCGGUGGUGAGCAGCGUGGUGCUGGCCCAGAGCUGGAAGACCAACGGCAUGCAGAAGAGCUGCAACGAGCUGCAGUUCUCGCAGUACGCGGCCGCCUGCGACAACGUGCACAUCCAGAGACUGCAGGGCGACGGCUACUGCCUGAAGCUCACAGACAUGAAGGGCUUCUUCCAGCCCUGCUACGGGCUGCUCGACCCGCUGCCCUUCUACGAGUCCUGCUACCUGGACGGCUGCUACAACCACCGGAAGCUGCAGCUGUGCGGCUCGCUGGCGGCCUACGGGGAGGCCUGCCGCUCCCUGGGGAUCCUCAGCACCGAGUGGAUCGAGAAGGAGAAUUGCUCAGGAGUGGUGGAGGACCCUUGCGUGGGCGCCGACUGUCCCAACCGCACCUGCGAGCUGGACAACGGCGGGGAGCUGUGCGGCUGCAUCGAGCCGCCCCCCUACGGGAACAACUCACACGACAUCAUCGACGCAGAGGUGACCUGCAAGGCGUCUCAGAUGGAGGUGUCCAUCUCCAAGUGCAAGCUCUUCCAGCUUGGCUUCGAGAGAGAGGGCGUGCGGGUCAACGACAGGCAGUGCACGGGCAUCGAGGGGGAGGAUUUCAUAUCCUUCCAGAUCAACAACACCAAGGGCAACUGUGGGAACAUCGUGCAGUCCAAUGGCACGCACAUCAUGUACAAGAACACCAUCUGGAUAGAGAGCGCCAACAACACGGGCAACAUCAUCACCAGGGACCGCACCAUCAAUGUGGAGUUCUCCUGCGCCUACGAGCUGGACAUCAAGAUCUCCUUGGACUCCGUGGUGAAGCCCAUGCUGAGUGUCAUUAACCUGACAGUUCCCACCCAAGAGGGCAGCUUCACCACCAAGAUGGCGCUCUACAAGAACGCCUCCUACAAGCACCCGUACCGCCAGGGCGAGGUGGUGCUGACCACGCGGGACGUGCUGUACGUGGGGGUCUUCGUGGUCGGAGCCGACGCCACGCACCUGAUCCUGACGCUGAACAAGUGCUACGCCACGCCCUCCCGCGACAGCAACGACAAGCUCCGCUACUUCAUCAUCGAGGAAGGGUGCCAGAACAUCAAAGACAACACCAUCGGCAUCGAGGAGAACGGGGUCUCCCUCACCUGCCGCUUCCACGUCACCGUCUUCAAGUUCAUUGGGGAUUACGACGAAGUCCACCUCCACUGCGCGGUGUCGCUGUGCGAUUCGGAGAAGUACUCCUGCAAAAUAAACUGCCCACAGAAUUCUAGGAUUGCCACAGAAUAUACCAAAGAACCUAAAGAGCAGAUCAUUUCCGUGGGACCCAUUCGGAGAAAAAGGCUGGACUGGUGUGAGGACAACGGAGGGUGUGAGCAGAUCUGCACCAGCCGGGUGGAGGGGGCGCUGUGCAGCUGUGUGACGGGCACCCUGCAGGCGGACGGCAAGAGCUGCCGAGCCUCUAAUUCCUCCACUGAGCACCAAGUCUGGACACUGCUUCUUGUCAUGACCCAGAUUUCAUUAUGGCAUUUUGUGUAUAAAUCAGUCACGACCUCAUAAUUAACUCAAGGUUGCUACACGAAGUACUGUAAUUUACUUUUUCCAGUCCCUGUAGAUAAAAGGUGUGUGCCCUUAAAACCUAUUUGAAAGUGUCCAGAAUCUCAACAGGACGCCACCUGCCUCAAAUGAUCAGCGAUCUGGAGAUGAGCGAAAUUCCAAACUCCGCUUUCAAAGUACACAACAAGGCUUCCAAAGCCAGUUGUGGAAAGCAUAUAUCUUGGUUAAAAUUUUCAAACGGUUGUCACUAGAAACUGAUUCACACAAAUGACCGGUAAAGGACAACAUUCUGGUUAGAAACAUCUGACUGGAAUCUGAUCAGAGACUGUCCAGCCCGUGCUGUUUCCGGAUCCCAGGUUUUACGAAGGGGGAACGAUGUGGAGAAGCAAUGGCUGAGGACCGACUCCCUCCGAGGACUCUUUCUAACUUUGCAAGUGUCUGCUCUCUGACCUGCAUGUUCUCCCUCUCUGUCUGAUGAGCUCCUUCCCGCCCUCGUGUCCUUCCACCUCGCCGGCAGCGUGGUCCGUGGGGAUGUUGUUUGCAGACCUUGGGAGCCGCACCCCAUUCCGUCCCCUCAGACCCAAUUCCUUCUCUUUUUAUGAAUCAACCAAAUAAUUUUUAAUGUGUUUUAUGCUUAAAUAAACUUUGUGUUCAGUAUUCUCGUUA